CGCCGGCCGCCUGCCGCGGGGCCGCGCGCGUCCUCCAUGGAGGCCGGAGAGGAACCGCUGCUGCUGGCCGAACUCAAGCCCGGGCGCCCCCACCAGUUUGAUUGGAAGUCAAGCUGUGAAACCUGGAGUGUCGCCUUCUCUCCAGAUGGCUCCUGGUUUGCUUGGUCUCAAGGACACUGCAUUGUCAAGCUGAUCCCCUGGCCGCUGGAGGAGCAGUUCAUCCCUAAAGGGUUUGAAGCCAAAAGCCGAAGCAGCAAAAAUGAUACAAAAGGGCGAGGCAGCCCAAAGGAGAAGACUCUGGACUGUGGGCAGAUUGUCUGGGGCUUGGCCUUCAGCCCGUGGCCUUCUCCACCCAGCAGGAAGCUCUGGGCGCGCCACCAUCCCCAGGUGCCAGACGGCUCUUGCCUGAUCCUUGCAACGGGCCUCAACGACGGGCAGAUCAAGAUUUGGGAGGUGCAGACAGGGCUCCUGCUCUUGAACCUCUCCGGCCACCAGGAUGUUGUGAGGGACCUGAGCUUCACGCCCAGUGGCAGUUUGAUUUUGGUCUCUGCGUCUCGGGAUAAGACUCUUCGCAUCUGGGACCUGAACAAACAUGGUAAACAGAUUCAGGUGUUGUCGGGCCACCUGCAGUGGGUCUACUGCUGCUCCAUCUCCCCGGACUGCAGCAUGCUCUGCUCUGCGGCUGGAGAAAAGUCGGUCUUUCUCUGGAGCAUGCGGUCCUACACGUUAAUCCGGAAGCUGGAGGGCCACCAGAGCAGCGUUGUCUCUUGUGACUUUUCCCCUGACUCUGCCUUGCUUGUCACAGCUUCUUAUGAUACCAACGUGAUCAUGUGGGACCCUUACACUGGCGAAAGGCUGAGGUCGCUCCACCACACCCAGCUCGACCCCCCAAUGGAUGACAGCGAUGUCCACAUUAGCUCCCUGAGAUCUGUGUGCUUCUCUCCCGAGGGCUUGUACCUUGCCACCGUGGCGGAUGACAGACUCCUCAGGAUCUGGGCCCUGGAACUGAAAACUCCAAUCGCGUUUGCUCCUAUGACCAAUGGUCUUUGCUGCACAUUUUUUCCACAUGGUGGAGUUAUUGCCACAGGGACAAGGGAUGGUCAUGUCCAGUUCUGGACAGCUCCUCGGGUCCUGUCGUCACUGAAGCACUUAUGCCGCAAAGCCCUUCGAAGUUUCCUCACCACCUACCAAGUGCUAGCACUGCCAAUCCCCAAGAAAAUGAAAGAGUUCCUCACAUACAGGACUUUUUAAGCAACGCUACAUGGUCUUACUUUCUCUGCAGCAGGAUAAAUCUCCCUGGCAAAGGAGUAGCUGGAAUAAUGGGCCAAACAUCUGGUCUUGGAUUGGAAUAGAAUUUCCCUGUGGGAUUGUGAAUAGAAUGUAGCAAAACCAGAUUCCAGUGGACUAGUCAUGGAUCUUUCCCCCCCGACAUGUGGAAGUCAGGCAUAGAGGAGGGGAUUCCACUUCUGUGGCCACAGAGCCCGACCUGAAAUCUUCAGUCCACUUAGAAAUAAUUUUGAACUCUUGCUAGUAGUUUUGAUUCCAGGUGCAGUUACUGAUGUUUUGGUUAAGAAGUUGGCUAGGCCUCAAGAGCCUGAGGUAGCAGAGGGUUUAAAUUCCUCCCAGGAGGUGUGGCCGCCGCCCAGUGCCUGCUGCUGUGUGGAUGCAGCAGCGGCCUUGUUUCAAGUUCUCCCGUCAGAUUGCAUGGAUGCUGGCAAGUCUCCCCCUCCAGCUCCCUCCGACCAGCAGGGGUGUGCAGGGAGCAGUCUCUGGCGUGAGGUGUUAACUUCUCUAGAUCGCAGGUGGCUCAGAGGCUGUGCUCCUGACUAAUACACUAUAACUGGCUUCUUUUGUUUUAGACAGUGGUGUGCAUGUGCAGGUGACAAGUUAUAUGCCAGGUUACACAAGGACUAUUCCUAAACUGCAUGACUGUUCAGGUGGCUGAGUUGUCAGUUGUUUGCCUUUCGUUAGCAUAUUUAUUUGCAUUUUCUCAACAGAUGUUAAGGUACAGCUGUGUUUUUCUUGAUGGUAUCUAAAAAUCAUAGUACUAAGUCGAACAGUUGUGAGGUGUCUCCUUAAUCGUGUAGACUCGGUGUUGUCAUCACUUCAGCCGGUAGUGUCGUGUAUGAGGUCUGACUUUGCUGCUGCAUCUCAGAGGACUAAUGAGCCAGUUCCAGCUCUACCCCUAAACACAGUAGCCCCUUAAAAGUACUGUUCUCCUUCAGUGACGCGUAGUUAUCUAGUCAAGACACCUCAUUCAAACAAGUCUGCCUUUGGAAAAUUUAAUAUAUUUUAAAUUAUUUUAAAAGAAAUGCAACAUCGUAUCCUUCGGCUUGCUUACUAGGUGCUCUUUGGAGGCCAGUGUAGCAUGAACCGUGUUGAAGAGGAGAGGACUCUCUCCUCCACCGCCUUUGUUGCUGAAGAAAAGCAUCUCUUUUCAAGAUGACUUUCAUUGAAGGAAAAAGUUAAAAGCUUUUGGCUCUUCGUUUCAUUUUUUCCAUUAGAAAAAAAAUCACCUUUAAAACAAGUGAGUACAACAGGACAGGCAGGAAUGGAUUGGGCAAGUUUUUAAUGUUGUGGUUACCUUAAGAAUCACAAGUCGUGUAGUCUGGGAGGCCCUGGGUGGCUUUCCUGAGGCCCCACUUAGCCACUGGCUUCAGACUUUGCUGGUGUUCUUGGGGAGCGAGUUGUGCUCGGAUAGAAAAACUGACUUCUCCCUUUCGGUGGUGUCAGAAUUCGACACCUUUACAAAGAACAGCCUCCAAAGUUGAUUCCGUGGUGUCAGAGAGGAAGGCUUUCAUACAGACCCAAGUUGAAUAAAUCAGUGUCUUCAUAACUAAGGAAAGGAGUCACUUGUAACACAACCAACCAUAAACUGCUUUAUUUCCACAUGAAGAAACGAUAACAACAGCCUCACGGCUGCAGAGCUCACGCUGCGUCUGCACGCAGAUCCCGGUGCGCUCGGCAGGGGGAGCUCUGGAGUCAGGCUAACCCAUGUGCCCUCCCUGCAUUACACACGUGAGCGCUGGGCAACUGCUGGCCCUGUGCUGUCACCAGAAAGUUCACGGCUGUCCACCAACAAUUAGGAACCUGCUAGUAACUCCUCUACUUCAAGAGGAAAAAUAAAACGACCAGUUUUUAAAGCAAGAGAAUCGAGUCCAUUCCGUGAGUAUAAUAGUUUGGGCCAGAAGUCGGUUAACACCUGUAAAAGCACAGACAUGGACAGUGUCACAGGUUACACUGCACUUUGGAGAUAUCCUGUUACCUCGAGGCGGAGGACAUGUGGGCCGUAUUAGAUCUGAAAGCUUUACCUGUGGGGUAGGCUAGCUUCCUCUCCCCCAAGCAACUAGAAAGGCUAAGAGGCGCACAGGUGAAAGAGGUGCUUGCUUUUUCCUCCUGUAGAACAGUGGGCAGUGCAGUAAGACAGUUUGGACAUCUCUGCUCGGGACAGCCAUAAGGUACUUUUUAUAUAUCUGCCCACCCAUGCCUGGGACAAGAAUGUCCUAAGACCUGGGGUCACUGUGGCUUCACUCCCUGGCCCUGGGCAGCAGUUCGUCCCAUGACCACGUCCUCUGCUCUCUAGUCACUUCGGGCCAAAGCCUGCAGCCCACAGUCCCAGUCAGCUUCUAGGCCUCGGAGACAAUCAGGUCUCUGGUGACUUGAAAGGCUGCGAUGAGGGAGCUCAGCUGAAUCUUCUCAUUGGUGCUAACAGAAAGUCUGUACCUACGUGAGACCGACAGGUAAGAGUGGAGAGCGUCAGACAGCAACCCUUCGACAAGAGAGCAGAUCAAAGACUGAACGUCUGAAGGAGGGUUGGACGCAAUAAAAAUUUACCCUGGAUGUCUAUCUUGUGUGUGUCCCCUAACACUGUCUUCUCUGUCCUAAACACUCAUAACUUUUCCUCACCAGUUUGAAGGAAAAAUCAAGUCUAAAAAUUGUUAGCAGUGUUCUGAACUUUGUUGUAGCUCUACAGAGAUAUGCAGAAUUUUAUGUGAUUAAGGACUAUUUCUUCACCUACAAAAUGUAUUGAGACAUCACAAUGAUUUCCUUCCUCUUCAUUCACUGGGAAGUUUGGGUGAUACAUCUGUGGUUCUGUAUAGUCAGUAAAGCAGGACACCGCCAUGUCAUCUUGCCACCUUUUAAGUGAUUAAGCUAUUGAAAGCAAAACCGUGGCAUUCAUUCACAGUGUAGUGAUCAGAAGUCACCUCAUUUGUACAUUUGAAAACCAAUGGGGGCAAAUUAGAGUUGGCCUAUGUAGACAGUCUUGCCUGUUUAAAUGAUGGCUGCCAGCGUCACUGGGGGCUAGUAACUGCUUACUGCACAAGGUGAAAAACUCGGUUUCUUACACCCCAGUACACUUGAGUAUGCCAAAUGCCCUGGCAGCUGGGCAGCGGACUGUCCCCAAAGACCUGGGGGUCCGCCCUGAAGGAAGCAGGCCUCCCAAACAACAGCAUUUCCGGGGCCCAUGUGGACCAAGCCUCUGAGGUUUUUACUGCGUUGUACCUGUCU